GGAAAAUAUUCCCAAGAUCCCACAGCUUGUAGUUUGCACUGAUUAGCCAUCUGCUAGCGUUCGUUAGAAACGCAGGCAACACGCUGUAAAGAAAUAAGUCAUGCGCUUAAAAAGGUAAAUGACUUUCGAAAGAAAAAUUUAACACGCAUAGCAAACAUUAAAAUACUGUACACGGUCACGUUUCGCAUUUUCGGGGCGAAGAAAACGCGCGCCAGCUUGUACAUGUUAGCUCUGUGUGUAAGCAACAUCAAGCUGUGCUAAAGUUUACUAUUUUGGAGUGUAGUUGUAGCUAUAGCUAGCUUGCCAGUCGUGUUAAGGCGCUCGGAAUUUAAGUGUAAUUUGUGUAACGUGUGAUUAGAUAAAAAGGAAACAGUAACGUUUGGACCGUGGCAGUGACAGCUUGUGCAAAGUAUUUGUUAACGAAGGCAGGCCGAGUAUGUCCGAUAACGGGCGCACCGAAGCAGCUAAUAGGCUACUUAGCAUUUGACGUCGUGGGCCACAGAGCGCCACAUUCAAAUCCGCUUUUGCUUACACCUGAAGAUCUAAGAUUUUUCUCAAACGCGAAGUGUAGAAAGAGGAAUGAAGAAGAAACGGAAGUAAACAGUUUUGAUCCUCAAACCAGGCACUAGGUACAUGGCUUGGCUGCAAUGUGAGAUGACCUCGUCCACCCUUGGCCAGUCAGCGGAUUUCAUCCCCAACCUGGAGCCUGGGAUGGGGAGGUCUGCAGCGUUAUUGGGGCUGUCUGCUGGGCUGGGGGGAGCGGAGAUGGAGCUGCAAAAAAUGCUUAUCGAUGAGAGGAUGAAAUGUGAAAACCACAGGACCAACUAUGAGACGUUAAAGGCUGAACACAAAAGUCUGCAGGAUGACUUCACGCAGGCGCAGGUAGAACUGAAGCGCCUACUGAGCGACCGGCAGACUCAGCAGGAGAAACUUCAGCUGAUGUAUGCUGAGCUGCAAGCAGAGAUGGUGGACAAGUCCAGGGAGCUAGAGGAGCUUCGACUGCAGGUGAUGACUCCUCAGCGACUGGAGUUGCUUAGAGCUCAGGUGCAGCAAGAGAUGGAGGCUCCACUCAGAGAGAGGUUCAUCAAACUGGAGGAGGAGACGGAGAAGUACAGGUCUGAUUUCAACAAGCUGCGAUAUGACUACGUCUUCAUCAAGUCCCAGUUUGACCACCAAAAAGAAGAACACGCUCGGGUACUGGAGGAGAGGAGGAUUCAAUAUGAGGCAGAGCUGUGUCGUCUGGAGAAUGAUCGGAAGGACCUGGUGUCUCAGUACCAGAGCUCUGAUCCACUGCGUGAUGGGAAACGAGUGGAGGCUCUGCUGAGAGAGAAAGCCCAGCUCCACCUGCGGCUUAAGGGGCUGGAGGCGGAAGUGGCCGAGCUUCGAGCCCUGAAAGAAAACUCGGGUCAGCAGGCAGAGAGCGUCCAGCGUAUCCAGAUCCGACAGCUGUCUGAGUCUCAGGCUGCAGUGAAGUCACUGGAGGUGGAGCGUCAGUCAUUGCGCCUUCAAUUUGAGCGCAUGGAGAGCGAGCUUCAUCAGAGCCAUGAGCAGAACAGCCAGCUCACAGGUCGACUGCACAAAGCUGAGCGAGAGGUCAACUCCCUCUCCCGAGAGGUUGAAAGUCUGAAGCAUUCACACAAGCUGGAUUUGGCCAGUGUCAAACUAGAGUGCACCCGCUCUAAAGCAGAGCUGGAGAAGGAGCGAGACACACUGCACGGACAGAUAGAUGUUCUGCAAGCUGAUGUGGACGUGCUAAAAGCUACAGUGGAGCGACACAAAGACGCUCUGGUGGACAAGGAGAGGGAAAUGGUUAAGAAGGUGCAGUUUGCCCGUGAGGAGGAGUUCCGCAAGACGGCAGCGCUACACGAGGAAAAGUUGGAGUUGGAGAACCGUCUUGCCACACUGGAACAGCAGAGGGCGCUGCAGGAUGCUGCAGAUCAUGCCCAGAAGGAGGAGUGGGAGGAUAGAGUCCGUAGUGCUCAACAAGGCGAGGAGUCUGCUCGCAGAGAAGUGCAGAACCUGAGAAGCAGAGUUCAGCAGCAGAGCUCACAGCUGGAGGAUCUGGAGCGACUGAAAGCAGAGGUUGCUGAGCUACAGCAGAAGAAAGAAGAGCUUGGUGUCCAACUCGGGACAUUGUCGCACUCUGAAAGUGACUUGCUGGAGACGAACCAGCGCCUCCGACAAACACUGGACAGAGUCAAGGAUGAGCUGAAGACGACCCGAGUUCAGAGUGAGAAGAGUCAGCAUGAAGCCGAGAGGAUGUUGGAGAGCCGCCAGGUUGAGUGGUUGGAGGAGAGACACGAGCUGCAGGAGCGAAUAUCUGAGCUGCAGCAGAAAUAUUCUCAGGUCAAAGAGAAGCUGCAGAGAGCAGCGUCGGCCCAGAAGAAGAGGAAAACCCAGACUGAGGACAAAGAGAAGAGACUUCAGGAUAAAAUCCAGUUACUGAAGGCAAAGAUAGAGGAACUGGAACUGGCAGUCGCUGCAGCCAAAAAUCGUUCAUCCUUCUCUAAAGAACAAGCUGAGCUCAGGAGACGGCUCAAAGAGCUGCAGCAGCGACACAACGAGUUUCAGCGCCUCCUACUGGGCGGCCAGGUUCCUUUCAGCGCUGGUCAUCCUGCCUUCCUCACAUCCUCACCCAACCCGUUCCUCCAGCCUGGGACUGAGAGGCCGUUAUCCAACAUCCCGAUGGAGCAGAAUCAGAGGGAACUGUCUAUGCUGCGAAGGAGGAUUGAAGAUCUGGAAAGUGCUCAGGAGCAACAGCUGGAAGAACUGGGAUCACUGGGGCAGAGAGACAGAGACCCUGCUCUGCAGCCUGACCUAUGAUACUACCUCCCCUUUUGCACAUCAUGAAAUGUGUUUUGUUUUUUUACACGAUAGCAAUAAUGUUUUUAGCACAUAUUCAAUAAAAUUGAGCAAUGAUA